UCAAGUUUCCUACUUGUUUAUGUUUCCAUUAGUCCAUCUUCAAACCUCUCUUUCUCUAAGUACCCUCAAGCAACCCAUUCUUUUAGACAUCCAUCACUCCAAUUUGGAUUGGUGACUCUGUUUUGAGAAAUUGAUCACAGAUCAUUUAACUGCGCCAAUUCAUGGAUCAUAAGAUGGUACUAGAUCAAACACCAAACAAUUUAAAAGGAGAAAGUAGUACUACUAGUAACUCCUGCCAUGAACUUUCAAAUUUAUCGUCCCAAUCUGAUCAACAACAACAGAAUAAGAAAAUUUCUAUCUCAAAUCAACAAGAAUCCAAGGAUCCCACGACAGGGAAACGAAUGAGAGAUGGUGGAAAACAUCCAACAUACUGUGGAGUACGAAUGCGUAAUUGGGGUAAAUGGGUAUCAGAAAUUAGAGAACCAAAGAAGAAAUCAAGGAUCUGGCUUGGCACAUUUCCAACACCAGAAAUGGCAGCAAGAGCACAUGAUGUUGCUGCUUUAAGUAUCAAAGGUAACUCUGCUGUCCUUAAUUUCCCCGAACUAGCUUCUUUAUUACCUCGUCCUGCUUCUUUAUCACCCCGUGACAUUCAAGCUGCUGCUUCUAAAGCUGCAACAAUGGAAAACUUCAAUAAUUCAGUAUCAUCAACAUCUCCGUCAUCAACAGCAACAUCACCCUCAUUAUCUCCAUCAACGUCGUUUUCUUCUCUAUAUUCUGCUACUCCAGUCGUGACAUCCUAUUCUUCUGAUACUUCGAUAUAUACUACUACAACUGAAGAUGAAUUAACUGAAAUUGUUGAAUUGCCUCAACUUAGUUCUUAUUUCGACGAAUCAGAAGAACUGCAGCAAAACGAAUACAUCUUCCUAAAUGAUUCUUCUAUUGAUAGUAAUUGGUUUUAUCCGACUCCAUGGCUACAAAGUCCAAGUAGUGAUGAUUGUGGGUUCUUUUCUCAUCUUCGAGAAUCUUCAUUUUCUACCACAUUCAAUUCUUUGUUGUGGGAUUACUAAUUUAGUCAUGCCCCGUUUUGUUCUUCGAUCUUUUUUUUUAUGGAAGUCAGAUCAUUGGUAUUGUCAUCCAAUGAUUUUGGCAUCCGUAAUGUUGCCGAAAGAGGACCGACGGCUACGACAUUUCUAACAAAUAUUAGCACUACAAAAAUUUCUUCCCACGGCUAAUGAAUCUACGUUGUAUAUGGGUUUGUUCAUUCAAUCUUUUUUUAGACCCUCGAAUUAUUGACUUCAGUUGCAACUUGCAAGCAUAGUCUUUCUCUGACACCACAACGUAUGGUACACAACUACACAUACCCACGAGAACAGACAAAAGUUUGGAAUACAAUUGGAAAAAGGAUUCAAUUAUUUUUAUUCUCUUCUAUUCAUUCUUCUUACUUAGUCAUGAUAUAUAGACACCCGGCUAUUUUUACCAACACUGCUAACGGGGAGUACUAGUUUACUAGCUCUCCAGUAUACUGAUGCCCCGUUAGCAACCACGAAAUUUGCACACCGGUUGUUCAUGAUAGUGUGGAACAUAAAGUUUUCGAAAACUGAAGCCAUGGAUUCUGGUGAUGAUCCGUUGGGAAGAAAAAGUAAGCAUCAAUUGAACAAGAUUUUACUAUAUCCAAAAUGUUGGGUGUUUUCCAUCGUUUUGUGUUUCAUUUUGUGUGUAUGUAACUAUGCUGUUGUACAAAAGAAAAUUUAAUAAAGGAAUGGUGAGUUUUUCAUU